AUGCGGCAUAUUCACGUCGGGUGUCUUGUGGCAAUGACUUUCUUGUGGGUGGCAAACAGGAUGCAUGCUAAGGAAGGUGUCAAGUGUGGCGGAGUCCUCGCCGCACCAUAUGGCAACUUCUCCAGCCCUAAUUUCCCUGGACUCUACCCCUAUGACACCGAGUGCACUUGGCUCAUAGUGGUCACAGAAGGAUCCUCGGCCCUGUUGACCUUUGACCACUUUGACCUGGAAUAUCACGACAACUGUGAGUACGACUACCUCAAAAUCUACAACGGCUUCUCCGAGGACGAGGGGAAUCUCCUGGGAAAGUUCUGUGGCAAGAGCUCCCCUCCGCAGUUUACUUCUUCCUGGCAUGUCAUGUCCAUCAUCUUCCACUCAGAUAAGCACGUGGCCAGUCAAGGCUUUUCUGCAGCUUACCGGAAAGAUGUUUGUGGGGGAGUGCUCACUGGCCUUUCCGGCAUGAUAACAAGCCCUGAUUACCCUGAGAAUUACCCCAACAAUGCUGAAUGCCGCUGGAUCAUCCGGGCAGUGCCCAACUCCAUCAUCAAGCUGGUUUUUGCUGACUUUCAGAUGGAAAACAACGAGGGAUGCAAUUUUGAUUACGUGGCCGUCUAUGAUGGGCCCACGAUGGGGGACAUGCAUCUCAGCCACUACUGUGGGAAUAUGAAACCCCCUGAUAUCGUCUCUUCCACGCACGAGCUCCUGCUGGUGUUCAAGUCAGACUUCAAUAUAGGAGGUAGAGGCUUCAAGGCCUAUUUUUUCUCAGGCAAAUGCCAGGAAGUGUACACAGCCAUCAAAGGAAAUUUCUCCAGUCCUCAGUAUCCCAACUUUUACCCCAACAAUAUCAAAUGUCAUUGGACCAUCCAGCUCCCCCCAGGAUACCGAAUCAAAGUCUUCUUCCUGGACUUGGCUCUGGAGGGGCGGAACAGCCUAACAGAUGGCUGUGAUUACGACCAUCUGGCAGUGUUUGAUGGAGGCACUGAGAAAGCUUCCCUCCUGGGGAAGUGGUGUGGGAGAGAGAUGCUGUCUCCCAUAACAUCCACUAGAAACAAACUGCUGUUGGUCCUCCACACAGACAGGAACACGGCCAACAGGGGGUUCUCGGUAGCAUAUAUUGGAGUUGUUCCCGUGAACGUCAGCUGCACGCGAACAGAUUUCCAGAUCCAGAUUCCUGUGCAGUCUCUUGCCCAGCUGGAGAGAAAUAAGAUUUAUUUAGGGACCCCAUCCUGUCCUGCCCAAGUGGUUGGCCUGAACUUUAAAAUACACACCAGGUUCGACACCUGCGGUACUGAGUCCCAGAAAAGAAACCACACGUCUGUGAUUGUCAGUAUCCUGUAUAUCGACUUCUCGGCUGGGAACCAGGAGGACAUUCAUGAAUAUGAAGUGCAGUGCGAGCCUAAGAGGAAAGAAGCCUCAGUAAACCUUAUCUCGAGCUCUGACCCCUACCGGCUGACCCAGUAUGCGGAGAACCUGGUAGAGUCCCACGGGCAGGAUGCAGAAGCAGUGGAGGCCUAUGAGAGCAAGAGCCAGGACACUAGUGACAUUGUCUUCAUUAGCAUCUGUAUUCUUGCCGGUAUCCUCAUGGUGAUUGCUGUGGUGGGACUAGUGCUGCUAUAG